AUGAGAUCAUACAACUUGACAUUAGAUGCUAUGAACUUUAACAACAACUUCACAACAACUAUUAACCCUGAAAUGCAAAGUUCUAUUAUGCCAUAUGUGAAAGUAUGGACUCAUACAGGAGGUCAAAAAACUCAAUAUACAAAUGGAGACCGUUCAAACUUUUGGCUUGGCAUUCCAUUUGCUGACUCAGAAGACUUUAUGGGUGGUAUUUCAACUGUUGGUACAGUUCAAAUACAAUAUACUGGUGACAGAGACGGUCCAGAUGAAUUGAGAGCAAAGAAGUUUACAAAACCAAUAGCACUUUUCACGGAAGAUGCUCUUUUGAAGAUUCGUUCGAUGAAACCUGCUGGGGCUCCUCAGAUUGGCAGAACGACAGCUUCCAUCGAGCAGAUUUUGGCAGCAGGUCAGUAA